AUGGCCGCUUUCAAACUAAAAUUGGUAGCCUGGAAAGCGAGAGACAUCAUUCCGGUCAAGAUCGAAACCGUCAAACGGAGAGUUGAUGCGUGCUAUCGGCGAUUCAUGAUAGCAGGCAUCACUGGGAUCAGACAAGAAAUCAAAGGACAGAUCGUCAAUUGCAUCCAGGAUGCCCAGUCCAGUCAGGCCAAAGCCGUGCGUCUCAUCGGUGCAGAUGACAUGGAUAAAGGAGACAUGAAGAAUGCUCUGAUCAGGGCAAAAGAGGCUAGUACAUCUGGAUUGGUCAGGGGUGUCCAUAUCUGA